GCCGGCAACUGUGUGAGUCAUUAAAUAUUCAUGCGGUUACUGAUAAUUCUUAGCAGAACUUUAUGUUAUUCAUAUUCUAAUCUGAUAUGAAAUUAUUGUGUUUUAUUAGAAUAAUGUAACGUUUCCUUCUGGUUUUAAACAGAAAUAACAUGGACCUGUAUGCCAUUCCUUAUAUUUAUGUUUUCGGAUGUUCGAUUGUGCUGGAAAUAUUCGCACAAGAAACCACAAGACGGGAUAUCACUGCAUACCUGCUGAAUGAAAAGAGAUAUGAUCCAUAUACGGCUCCAGAAUUGGAUGAGGAUUUUCCAACCAACGUUACUAUUCAAAUCAUGAUUCAUAACAUGCACUCUGUUGAUGAGGUAGCGAUGGAAUAUUCUAUAGAUGUAUAUCUGCGUAUGUGGUGGCGAGAUGCUCGUCUCGAUUUCAGAGAAAUUACAAAUUCGACAAAGAAGCUUGAACUUGAUGCAAGGCAGACUGACAAAGUAUGGCAGCCAAACAUCUUUUUUGAAAACGAAAAACGAGCGUUUGUUCACGCCGUUCCAACGACAAACGAACUUAUGCAUAUUUACAGCAAUGGGACAGUAGUCAACAGUAUCAGAUUGUCGUUAACGCUGACUUGCAUUAUGUCCUUACACUACUAUCCAUUUGAUGCUCAGACAUGUCCUCUCUUCAUUCAAAGUUUCGGCUACACAACAGACAACAUAAAUCUACAAUGGCACGGUACAAACCCAAUUAAUAUAAGCGAUCUGAAGAUGCCACAGUAUACUUUACUAGAAGAUGAAACUGUGACGUCUAAGUAUGACUUAAAGUACCGGGAAAUGGGUGUAUUUUCAACACUAAAAGUUGAGCUAAAUUUGUCGAGGAAAACUGGCUACUAUAUCUUGCAAGUCUUCAUCCCAAGUAUCUUUCUAGUGGUUUUGUCUUGGGUCUCAUUCUGGGUUGAUCCGGAUGCAGUACCAGCACGUGUCUCGCUUGGCGUCACGUGUGUUCUUACGAUGACGACACAAAGUGCCGGCGUACACCAAACACUGCCACCAGUUUCUUAUGUGAAAUCGAUUGAUGUUUGGAUGUUUGUGUGUCUUCUGUUCGUGUUUGCUUCUCUCCUUGAAUUCGCCUGUGUCAACGUUCUAAUACAGAAUAAAUAUAAGAACAAUAAGAAGAAUGUUUCCGAAGACAAGAAAACGUUUGACUCAUCAGCAUAUGGCCAAAGAGAGAAAGCUUUACAGGUCGACAAAAUUUCGAAAUUUGUGUUUCCUAGCACAUACAUAUUGUUUGCUUUUAUUUUCUUUAUGGUGUCUGGCUUGGCAUAAAGCAAAUGGAGGAAAUCUGUUGAGAUAUUUUAAAAAUCUACUUGUCCUAAACUACUCUUAUUAACAUAUAUUGUUGACAUGGAUGUGAAGGUUUUGGCGGUAGUUUUGAGUGUAACAAGGGACAAAAAAACACACGGUAACCUAAACAAAGUUGUACAUAUUUUUACAUAUUAUACAAACAAAAUGUUUUACACUUUGUUAGGCACGUUGUUUCAGAUAUUAAGGACAGACAACUCGUGCAGACAUGGUAGAGGAAAUAAAAGUUAUAUUGCAAUAAAGAAUUGUAAUAAUCAUAA